UAAUUAUUACGAAAUAAAAAAAAUGAACUAACAAUAUAAUUUAUAAAACUGACUGACAUUAUUCGAAAUAUAUCGAUCAUGAUAUAAAUAGUUCCAUCAUAGAUAUUAUUGUACAAAUAUAAUAACAAAUGUUAUGUAAUUUGUAAAAUAAAUUCUACGAAGCAAUGUAAAAAAACAAUCGAAAUAUGUAAUAGAAGAAGAGAAAAGUAUUUCAAAAGAACCGCUGAAUUCGUAGUGGCGCCAUCUUGAACUUAGUUGGAGUAGAAGGCGCUACAAUCGAAAAGCGCGAAGCGAUACAUUAAUCGUAUCUCGAAUCAGUCGUGCAGUGGCAAGCAAGGGAGAAGGGUGAGUCGUGCGCGUUUCAAUCUAACUCCCCUUUUUUCUCUUUCGUCGAGGACGUGUCCGUGUCCUUUGUCGUCUUUGUCGCGUUGUGGGGUGGUUAAAUCAGGGAAGUCCUCUUAUUCUGUUUCUUUUCUUUUCUUCUUUUUCUCUAUUGCAACUCGUGCUUUCGCGUGUGUGUCCAAAAAAUGUAACAUGGCGAUGGUCGCGUCAAACAUGAGCGGCCACAUACAAAAGCAGCUCACCAGGAGCCUCGAACGGAUCCUGGAGGAGGCUCAUCUUAGUGGCGAGUUGAAGUUAAGCGGAAGGAAACUCAAGGAUUUUCCGAAAGUCGGCAAACCUGGCGCUGUCAAGUAUAAUCUACAGGAUACGGUAAUAGCCGAUCUUUCGAAGAAUCGUUUUGUCGAGUUGCCAGAAGAAGUUACGGAAUUUCCUUUCCUCGAGAAACUUCACCUUUACCACAAUGCCAUAAGAAUCAUACCGGAAACUGUCGUGAUGCUUCAGUCAUUAAACUACCUCGAUCUUAGUCGAAAUCAAUUGACUUCUCUACCUCGAGAAAUCUGUAGGCUACCUCUUCAAACGUUAUUGGUCGCACACAACAGAUUAGCAUCCUUACCAGAUGAAUUGGGUAGGAUGUCUGCACUGGCUGAAUUGGAUGCAGGUUGCAACGAAAUAGCGACACUUCCACCUCGUAUAGGUGACCUUGCACGACUUAGAUCUCUCGACCUGAGGAGCAACUUGUUGGUGCACCUGCCUAUAGAACUUACGUACCUGAGGCUCGUGAAGCUGGAUAUUAGCGGUAACCGGAUAUCUGUGCUUCCAAACGAAAUGAGAAAGAUGAAAAGCUUGGUAGAUUUUAAGCUCUCUGAUAAUCCUUUGACCUCGCCGCCUGCCUCAUUAUGCAUUCGCGGGCGAACGCACAUCUUCAAGUACUUGGAAAGGCAAGCGGCGAAACAUGAGAGGGCGAGAGGAGGACGUGCAAGAAGAGGACCACUGGAUGCUCGAGGUCAUGCAACCUUGGACACUAGAUCCCAUAGACGCCAUAAUGUUGACAGUGGUUACAGUACCAGCGAUGGCGUUGACAAACGUUGGUCUCAAGAAAUUCAUAGCGCGGUGCACGAUGGUGAAGUACGAAGUUUAUGGCGUCAAGAGUGUUCACCACUUUCCAUAACAUUGCCACAUGAAACCGGAAUAAAUGGAUCUUGCAGUGGCACGUCUACACCGAGCACGAUUUCACCGGGUGAACAUACGUCCUUGGAGGACGAACUGGGAAAGGCCAUGAUACUUCACGAUCAGUUGGAGAAGAGAAGAUUGGAGAGGAGCACUUCCGAGAAUGGGGCAGACAUCAGAAGACCGAUGACCUCUGGCCUCCAUCAUACUUCAAUUACACCUCCAGGUCCUUUAGAGACAACGCAUACGAACCAGUCGCAGACAAUUUCAAUGACACAGUCUAUGCAGCCAAUUCAAGCAACGAGUAAUUCUACGUCGCUUUUGAAUGGGGAUGAUAAGAGGCCAUUGAAUCAGAUUCAAACGUACAGGGAAUACAAGGAAGCAUUGAGGCAACAAAGGGCCAACGAGGGUCCAAGUGUUUACAGACCACGUGAACAGGUGACACCUCCGGGCAACGAAUCACAGAACAACGAGACUGACUCGAACGGAGCUAAGGAGGGCAUUGCCCUUACAGGCAAGCAAAUUUUCAACGAGGAAAAUGCAACCAAGAGGCCCGUGCAAAAGGUUACGCCAUCGAGGAUCAAUUAUCAAAAUACACCGAUCAUCAAUGGUAGCAAUAACGAGUACAAUAAUAAAAAUGGAAAGUAUCACGAGCAGCCUUACAAAAAACCUAAUUCACCGAUCAAAACUUCGAGUAGUAUUAUGUCUAAUAAUACUAGUCCAGGUCAUACUCCCAGAUUAGUCAAAACUGCUGUUGGAUAUGUCGAAGGUAAUAAAAGUCCAAGCAGAAAUGGUGGGAGUCCAAAAUCGUCAAGGUCCGUUACGUGGAAUAGCAAUUUGCCAGAGAAAUAUUCGUUCACAAUAAGAAGAGAGAUUGAACGUGCCAAAGAGGAAGCCGAUUUGAUCGAACAGCUCAGGAACCAUAUAGAAACGAGACUGAAAAUGGCUUUACCGGAAAACCUGGCGCCAGCAUUGACCGAUGGCGUAGUACUUUGUCACUUGGCCAAUCACGUAAGGCCACGAUCGGUAGCCAGCAUACAUGUACCUUCACCAGCUGUACCUCAACUUCCGAUGGCUAAAUGCAGGCGUAACGUUGAUAAUUUCUUGGAAGCUUGUCGAAAAAUUGGUGUAGAUGAGAAUUUGGUCUGUUGUGCGAGCGAUGUUUUGGAGGGUGGCAAUCGUAGCGUUGUACGUGUUGCAAUAACCGUUUCGGAGCUUCUGAGGUUCCAUCAAACUCGUUCACCCUUGCAGACACCCUCUAACGUUUCAAAUCACGUGCCGGCUUAGCGCCAGACGAUUUAAUUCACGAAUUGUCUUUUUUCGUUAGAUCACAGAAAGACAGACAGCAGAAAGAGAAAGAGAGAAAGAGAGAGAGAGAAAAGAGAGAGAGAGAUCAUCGAAACGAUCAAAAUAAUUCGUUUCAACGUUUCCUGCAUGCACACGAAGACAAAAAUGGAAGAGGAAAAGAAAAUUAGAAAUAAGAUAUUUCGAGUAUUAAUUGCACGAUUUUUGAAUAUUGAUGAUAAUUGAAAUAAUAUUCUACGCUUCGUAAAUCGAUAAACAAUUUUUAUCGAUUCUUCUAUUUUUUUUAUUUGAUUUUAAUUGUGAUCAAUCACACGCUGUUAGAAAUUUGUCAUUUUUGAAAAAGAAACUUUGUUUACAGGUAAUUAUGCUUUUAUUUAUCAUUAAAAGAGAAGUAAUUUAGAAAAAGAUUUUUCUGUUAUUACCGACAGUCGAUAAUUACCGAUUGUCGAUAAUAUAGAAAUCUUCAAGGAAUUGAAUUGUAUGUUUCAUGAAAAAAAAAAAUACAAAAAACACGUUCAUUCUUGUUCGCAUUUAUCAAUGGGAUCAAGAUUUUUUGUUUCACGAACGAAUGUCAAUGAUAAAAAUCGUAAUUUUUAUUUUCAUUCAAGCGUGAUCUUUAUACGAUUAAUCGAUAGAUGUAAAAAUAGAAGUUACGAUAAGAAUUUUUUGAUACUUUAUUUAAAUUAAUAUUACGAGUAAAUAUAUAAGCAUCGAUUUAAAUCGUGCAAUUACUCGUUCACAUUUUUGUAAACAAUCAAAAACAUUUUUUCUGAAAUAUUAGACGUAAAUCGUAAUCCGAUAGACUGUAAUCAGCCAUGACACUUAAACUUAGGUAUAAACAAAUUUUAUACGAUAUAAGAAACUAAGAGAAUUGAACAAUAGUUGAGAAUGAUGACAGAGAUUGUAAGAUCGAACGAUUUCUUCGAAGAUCUUUUUUCAAAGAUUUGCAAUUAAACAUUAGGGAAAGAAAGAGAGAAACAAAGAGGGAGAAUGUGUGUUCAGUGUGUUUUUACACGAAACAAGUAUGCAAAGUUUCUUAAAUACCGUAGAAUUAGGACCAAUUUAUUAUAAAAUUGAAAAAGCUUCAAACAUGUGUCGCUGAAUGUGAAAGAAACGAUAAACGAACAAAAAAUAUGUAUACAAUAUAUAUUAUAUACACAUCAUACAUAUGUUAUGUAUAACGAAACUGA